AUGCCGUCCGACACCACGCCUCCGCCGUCCGACGCCGGCGCCGAGUCCAGCAGCCAGCUGCCGUCCUUUUACUCGCCCCGGACGGGUGCCGCCGACCACCAACACCACGACCGGCACGAUGUAGACCACCUUGCGCUGCCGUCGCCCCUACACGCCGGCGCGGAGCCGGCCUCCUCGUCACGCCAGCCUGCGGUCCAGGCGCUGUCAGAGUCUCAGCCUCCGUCGCAAUCGCAUACGCCGACACAGACGCUGCCCCCUCCGUCACUCCUCUCUCCGGCCUUCACGCCCCCACAGACUCCCGGCACGCAGACGCCUUCGACGGCCGGCCCGCGAGGCGUCCCCGUCGACAGCUCCAUCCCCUCCGGCGGCUGCGGUACCAAGAAGCCGCGCCUUCUCGAGACCCUCCCCGAGGUCCAAUGCAUCGUGCGCGCGCGGAUCCCUACCGUUGCGGGCACCGAGAUGUUCCUCCACCUCUACACCAACAAUGUCGACAACAAGGAGCACCUCGCCAUUGUCUUCGGCAACCACAUCCGAAGCCAGAGCCUCGAUGCCCCGCGUGAGGGUGAAACCGAGAUGGACCGCAUGGUCCGUGGAGCCUAUACGGGGCGUCUGUUUCCCGGUCGGACGACCAGUGGCAUGGCUGCCACCCCUCAGCAGGAACCGGUGGAUUCUCCCGCAGCGCAGCAGUCGGCUGAGACACCGCUCGUACGCAUCCACUCCGAGUGCUAUACCGGCGAGACGGCGUGGUCUGCUAGGUGCGACUGCGGCGAGCAGCUCGACGAGGCCGCCCGUCUGAUGGGCAUGCCCGGCAACACGGCCGGAGGCAUCAUCAUCUACCUGCGGCAGGAGGGCCGCGGAAUCGGCCUCGGGGAGAAGCUCAAGGCCUACAACCUGCAGGAUCUCGGUUCCGAUACCGUCGAGGCCAAUCUUCUGCUGCGUCACCCCGCCGAUGCGCGCAGCUACGGCCUCGCCACGGCGAUGCUGCUGGAUCUCGGCCAGCAGGAUAUCCGCCUGUUGACCAACAACCCGGACAAGAUCCGCGCCAUCGAAGGCCCCAACCGCGAGGUAGUGGUCAAGGAGCGUGUUGCAAUGGUCCCGUUGUCGUGGAAGGGCAAGGGCGGCUUCCGCAGCCAAGAGGUGGAGGGCUACCUCAAGACCAAGAUCGAGAAAAUGGGCCACAUGCUGGAUAUGGCGGGAUCAUGA